AGAAUAAGAAUUGAUAAAAGUACCAUUUCUUGUAUUCUAAAAACAUUAGAACAAAGGUUUAGUUUAGAAUCACAUAACCCAGACAUGAAAUGGCAUAAACCAGUUUCUUAUCUUCAGCUUGAACUUGUACUUAGAGAAUUUUUUUUGACUUAUCAAUAUAAAACAGUGUUAAGUGACAUAAUACUUAUUGAAAAAGCAAAACUGCUU